AUGGGGAUGGACUCCCGUCGUCGUCGUCGUCGUCGUCGUCGUCGUCGUCGCCAUGCCCUCGAUUGGCGUAUCACCGUCAGUGUAAUCCGCCCCGAGCAGGCGGACUCCGAUAUCAUCAAUCUGGAAUGUGCUGGCGACACGACAAUAGAGCUCCUCAAAGCGAUUGUCGAAAGUGAAACCUCGAUUCCAUCGGAAGCCCAACAACUGGUCUUUAAUAACCAGCUCCUGAUCAACCCGGCCCAGACUCUUGACCAGGUAGGCAUUGCGGAGGGUGACAUGCUUGGAGUGCACCUCAAUCUGCGCGGCCCUCAAACAUCGCAAACGCCCCAGAAUUCGUCUGCCUCCGCCUCUGCCGGUCAACCCACACCCUCGGGCUCUAGUGGUGCGCCCGGCCGACAAGUCGCCUCACGACCAGGGAUGCCCGAUUUCGAAACCAUUCGGCUGAACAUUUUGGGUGAUCCACGUGUUCGAGAGGCUGUGCGUCGACAGAAUCCGCAACUGGCAGCCGCGGCAGAUAAUGCGCAACAGUUCCGCGCCGUGUUGAUGGAGCAGCAGCAGCGUGAAGCGCGAGCCGAGGCGGAGAAGGAAGCACGUAUCGCGAUGCUCAAUGCCGAUCCCUUCAAUCCCGAGAAUCAACGUGAGAUUGAAGAGAUUAUCCGCCAGAAUGCGGUCACGGAGAAUUUACAUAAUGCGAUGGAGCAUCAUCCUGAAUCUUUCGGCCGUGUGACCAUGCUCUACAUCCCCGUCGAAGUGAAUGGUCACCGAGUCAAUGCUUUUGUCGACUCUGGUGCUCAGGUCACCAUCAUGUCCCCCGAUUGUGCUACAGCUUGUAAUGUGAUGCGUCUGGUGGAUCGGCGAUACGGCGGAAUUGCUCAAGGUGUUGGCACUGCCCCGAUUAUGGGUCGCGUGCAUUCUGCGCAGAUCAAGAUUGGCGAGAUGUUCCUGCCCUGCUCUUUCACGGUGAUGGAGGGCAAGCAAAUUGACCUCCUAUUGGGGUUGGACAUGCUGCGCCGGCAUCAAGCCUGCAUCGAUCUGAAGAAGGGCGCGUUGAUCAUUCAAGAUCAAGCCGUGCCCUUCUUAGCCGAGGCCGAUAUCCCAAAGCGAUUCCUAGAGCCAUUCGAGGAUGAACCCACCGUGAAAGGUGCGGAUGGAGCAGAAAUUGGCGCCCGCACUGGUGCAGUUACACACCAAGCUGGAGGAGGUUCUUCUUCCGCCGGGCCAUCAACGCAGUCGCAGCAGCAGCAACCACCACAGCCACCGCAGCAGCCGCCGCAGCAGCAGCAGAACACAUUGGCACCAAGGAUUAACAUUCGUCCUGCCCCAACGACUCGGUGGUCACAAGAUUCCAUCGCCAAGAUCGUGGAGCUGGGAUUCACACGCGAAGAAGCAACGCGAGCGCUGGACGCCGCGAAUGGAGAUCUAGACGGCGCGAUUGGAUUCUUACUCUGA